CUCUGCCACAAUUCCAGACGGUCUUAUCGCGACGUCUUUAAUUGUGCGCUUCUUCUCUUCCAGCCAUGGCUGCGGUGGACCCGCCAGCUGGUCUGAUGGACAUCGCCAGCACGCUGUCCCAAGAUGACAUCCCCAUGAAGCUUCGAUGCGCGAUUUGCAACAUGCUGGCGGUAAACGCCUUUCGCCUGCCUUGUUGCGACCAGUCAAUCUGCGAGUCCUGCCAGUCAUCUCUCGUCGAUACCUGUCCGGUCUGCGCACAUUCUCCUGUUUCUCCGGAUCUCUGCAAACCAAAUAAAGCUCUGCGCACAACUUUGAAGGCCUAUCUGCGGACCGAAGAGAAGAAACGGGAAAAGGACCGCCAGGCCGCAGCGGCUUCGACCCCUACAAUUCCCACCCCUGCGGAGUGCGAAACCCCUACUACAGACGCCCCGGUUGAUCAGGUCGCCACCGAACCAACGCCAGCAGAGACACCUGAGGUGACCACGGCGCAGGGAACCGCGUUUGAAGAACCUAUGCGGGGGGCCGAGGCUGCGGAGACGACGGAGAGUGCAGUGGAAGACACUACUCUUGACCCACAAAAUUCGACAGAUGAGCCUAACGAGGCCACUGGUGAGCAGGUCGUAGACCAGUCAAACCCUGUGGAUGCGGACGCUCUGCCAACCGAUGGCGAUAUACCCAUCUCCGAUGAAGUGACUCAGGAGAUGCCUCAAGCCGAACCUACCGCGAUGAACAUGAACGGUGGGUUCUCCGGGAUGGGCUGGAACGGCAAUGGCAAUUUCAACGGCAUGAACCCAUUCAUGGGCAAUCCUAUGUUCAACUUCCCGAAUCAGAUGAGUAUGACCAUGGGAAUGGACCCGAUGGCUAAUCAGGGGAUGUUCGGAGACUACGGGAUGAACAUGACUGGCAUGGGCAUGAACAACGGAAUGAAUUUUGAAGGGCAGGGCAUGUAUGGAUCCUUAGGUUGGGACUCUCAGCAAAACAUGUGGCAAGGCGGCCAAGAUAAAUUCAAUCCAAAUGCUUUCGCGAAUGGCUCUGGCCCUCCGUAUGGAGGAGCAUUUGGCGGACCUAAUAUGUCUUACCCUAACGACUUUCAGUCUGGUUACAACGGGCCAGGAUAUGGCCGCGGUGGGUUCCGGGGUCGGGGUCGAGGCAAUUUCUACGGCCCCGGUCGAGGUGGAUAUGGUGGCCAUGGUCAAGGGCACUACGGUCAUGCUAACCACGGACUUCCUAAUCGCCCAAUCUCCAGUGCUUCGGUGGGCCCUAAUGUGGCUAUGGAUUCUGAGGCCCCUCAAAACAGUGAGAAUAAUGGUGCUACAGACGCAAUCGCAACAGAUGGCAAUGAUGCCGUGUCUGCAGACCCAGCAUCAGCCGAUGACCAACAACCACAGGGCAUUCCUACCAUUGAUAGUUUAGACCAGGCCCUUUCAAAUGGGCCAGGUGGCUAUCAGGGUCCCAUGGGCCCCGGCUACGGACGAGGUGGCUACAGUCACAUGCGGGGUUCCAUGGCCAAUGGCCGCGGAGGCUAUUGGGGCGGACAUAUGUCUCAAUCUCAUAUAGAACCAAGAAAUCCCGGUGUGGAGGGAGCUCCAGCAGCCCCGCGGGCAAUGCGACAGGGGCUGCCCAAUACUAGCGUCCUGCGCCAGCGAGGUUUCCACCAAGGGCGGCCCUCGAUAAGCAAUAGUAUGGGAGGGCCAACAAAAAGCAAUCCUGACACCCCUACUCUGACCCGCGCGUCGUCUGGCGCCCCCUCUCAACCCCCGCGUGCUGGAUCUCGCUCUCGUUCUCCUUCUCAACACCAAGCUUCUCGAGCUCAGUCGCCUUCAGCUCCUGCAGCUGAAGAUGACCGAGAGAGCCGUCGCGAUCGCGAUGUGAAGCGCCUUGCAGAGCGGCGGACUCACUCACCAUCUGCGGCGUCAUCAAGACGCUCUUCACGCCCUCGUCACAACGACAGUGACCGAGAACGACGCAGUGGCCAUCGAUCGCAUCGAUCACGUCGCCAUCACAGUCGUAGUCGCAGUCGCAGUGCCAACCGACGCAGCGAUAGCCGUCAGCCUGACCGUCUUACAGCGAUUUCCCAGGAUGAGCCAAACGGCCACUCCAGAUCAUCCUCUGGAAAAAUCAAUCCCCGUGACCUCGCAAGCCGAAUCGGGAACUCCCAUCGAACCAGCAGGGAUCGGCCCAGCCGUCGUGAACAGGAUCGAGAGCGAGAUCGCCCUCGAGACAGCCGCCGUGGCGACCAUGAUAAAGAUAGGGCACGCGACCGUCGUGAUCGAGACCGAGGAGACCGAGCAGAGCGCACAGACCGGGACUCAGAACGAGACCGUGACCGUGACCGUGAUCGUCGUCGAGACCGCGACCGCGAUAGAGAACGUGACCGAGAACGCGGUGGCAGAGACCGCGAAAGGGACCGUAAGCGUUCCCGUCGUGAUCGAUCAGAGUCCGCAAACGCCAGCGAUCACUCUUCCCACCCCCGAGCCCGGCGUGUGAGACGCGAAACGGACGAUCGCAACGAUCGCGAUGCUCCGUCCACUGCACCGGAGCCAGAGAAGGAGAAAGAUCCUCAUACCCUGGAGCGCGAAGCGCGAAACCGUGAACGCCUCCAACGCGAGCAACAACGUCGCGAACAAGCCAAAUCUGGCAACCGCCGCGACAGUCGGCAAGAACGUGCGGGGGCCGGCCGCCGCAUCAAUUACAAAUAUGAAGAUGAGCUUUAG